UGAUUGGUUGUUACAUGUCUACUUUCUGUUUCGACCUAGGGUUUUGUUUAUUUUAGAGUAUCGAUUAGGGGCUUUGUCUGUCUACUUUCUGUUUCGAUUAGGGGUUUUGUCUGUCUACUUUCUGUUCUUCGUUUAGAUUUGUCUCUCUCUUUCUUGACUCUAAAGAUGUGUUCUUGUUGGUUUUGUACAGAUGAACUCAACAAGAGCACCUGGAACACAAGCUGCGUCUCCUCCUAUGCGUCCGGGUGCUACUGGACCCGCUGUUUACCAUGCUGGGUCUCCUCCUAUGCCUCCUGGUGCUACUGGAGCCGCUCCAAACCAUGUUGCUUCCUCAUCUCGUUCCAACAGUUACCCGCAGAUGACCCUUAAUGCGAUGCUCAACUCACCUGCUAGGCUCUCACAGCCACAUCUCCAUCCUGAUAAGCCGAAUGGAGCUUUAUGGUUUGGUAUUGACCCAUGUAUCCAUGCUUUCAUCCGUGCAACUUGGCAAGGAUACUACAUGGGUCCUUGGAAGAGUUGGAAUAAGGUGCCUGAGGAAAUGAAGGAUUCCUGGUGGCAAACGUUUGUGCAAAAUUUCUACUGGGAGCCUCAAUUUAAUGAUUUGGUCUACGGUCUGUGGAAGAAGGAAACGAUGACAUCCGUUGGUGAAAGGAUUAGCAAGAAGAAGAGGCAACACAAGAAGCCAAAUGGAUACUAUAAAUGUUGA